UUGCACAGACUUUAGUCUCCCUUCCUUUUCCUCCCUCCAGCUUUCGGCCCUAGGUGCGAGGACGCGCCGGCUCCGCUCGCAGCCCGGGCACGGCGAAGCGCUGCCGGAGCAGCUUUUGAGAGUCUGCUUUAAGAAGACAAAACUUGUCGGCUCAGUUUCUGCCAUCAUCUUGCUUUUGUGCCUGUUUACCUCUCAGUUAUACAAUGUCUGCUCCGAGUGGGAUCCCUGCCCCAUCUGCACCACCUUCUUAUGAGGAAACUACAGGAAUCAAUGUGAACUAUCCUAACCCCUAUCCCGUUCAAGAACCUGGCCAGAAACCAGAUGGGAAGGGGAUGAACCCUCCCCCGUACAUGGGACAGCCUGCACCAGCAAGUAACCCCAUUACAGUUCAGACGGUGUAUGUGCAGCAACCUGUAGUGUUUUAUGACCGCCCAGUCCAAAUGCGCUGCCCUUCCUGUAACCAGAUGAUAGUGACACGUCUCUCCUAUGAGUCAGGAGCUUUGACUUGGCUGUCAUGUGGUGGCCUCUGCCUGCUGGGGUGUAUAGUUGGCUGCUGCUUAAUUCCCUUCUGCAUCGAUGCCCUAAAGGAUGUGGAUCACACUUGUCCGAACUGCAGAGCUCUUAUUGGUUCUUACAAACGUUUAUAGGCAGUAUUUAAACAUUAAUAAUCAACUGAUGGCAUUGGUCAGCACCUCUGCAAGCCCUUUCUGAAACUUCUUGGAGACUUCUGGUUAUUUUUGUGCAUCUUGUCACUGGAAACCAAUCAAAAGUAAUGUUUAUUGCUAGAUUGUUUGAAUAAGAAUUUGCUUGAAGGCAUUCUGACUUAGUUCUGUUAUAAGUACACAUCUUUAUGGGCCACUUAGUCCAGCACCAGUUGAUAGCAGCAAAAUUAUUUCCCAUUCUGCUUUAUGCCAAACACUUGGUGAUGUUCUUCAGUUAUUCUUGUCUCAGUCACGUUGCACGCUGCGGUGCUUGCUUACAGUCUCAGCACAGACCAAGAGGAGAACAUCUAUGGAGAUCUAUAUAGUCUCAUGCUUGGUGUUGAUGCUUUUGCAACAGCACUGUUCACAAACUGGCAAGGAGCUGCUUACCUCUGGGACAGGUGCCCCUCUGACAAAAGAAGUGAUUUGUUGGAAUCUUUUUGUGAGCACAAAAAUUCACUUUAAAACUGUUACAGUUGAAAGGGAACCAAACCUAAAGGCUUCUUCCUUCUUGGAGGCUGCUUUACCAAAUGGAUAACUCAGGUUAUUGUGUAUCAAUGGUGAUUCAAUCUAGUACCUGAAUUUCCUCACCAGUUUCUAGUCUAGUCAGAUCUCUGCUCUGCAGGGAAGAUGUUCAUAUAGGAAUUUUUAAUAGAUAUUUUUUCAGUGUUUUUUUGUUUGGUUGGGUUGUUUUUACUGAAGAUCUAUAAGUCUGUGAAGUGUUCACUCCAGUGGACAUGCCUGUACAGCUUUGGUUAUAGCAUUAGAAAAAGCACUUUUGUACAUUUACAUAAGUGAACUGAUGGAUCACAAACAUUAUCUUAAGGCUUGAAUUCCACCUGCAAACCACAGAUGCAGGAGCUGGGCUUUUAAUUGUUGAUCUGUUUUUUGCUGUUUCUUCAUUAAGAAGGUAAAAUAUUUGUUAAGGUGUUUCUCUGAUUAUUUAGACUUAUACUCUAUUUUUUUAAAUGAAAAAAAGUUCUGUUUUCAGAAACUUAUGAUGGAUAUUUAAUAUAAGGCUUUGAAGAUGGCAAUAUUUUACCAUGUCAUAAGUAGCAGACUUGGUCGAAAUAACAGCUUGAUGCAUUUGAAGAAUACCUGUCUAGGAAAGUCAGACAGGCGUUUAAACAAGACUGAUGCUUAGUACUCUUUUAAUCUCUGUAAAGGUAAAAAGCUAAUACAAUAAAAAAUAUUGCACUUACUGUUCUUGCCAAAUGUGCCUUCAAUAAAUAUUUGGUAUAAGUUAACUUUUCAGAAGUCUUUCAGCAAUUUGAAAUGCACAAGUUUCAUGCAUCACAAAUGCAAUAUCUAGGCAUUGUGUUAAUUAGUUUUUAUGAACUGCUGCUGCUUGCAGGUCAGUCUGCAAAUUGCUUUAAGAGCUGGCUUGUGCAUUUCUGAUAUAUCUCCCUGUAAUGAAUUUGUAGUAGUAGCUGCUAACUGGCAAGAGAAUAACAGGGUUAAAACUGUGGUAGUUAUAUAGCUUUCCACUUGGAUGGUAAGGUACUGGCUUGUGUAUUUUGUCUGCUGCUGCACCACCUACUUGCCCCAUGCUGGGUUUCACAGAAAAGGUACUUCGUGUCAGUUUGUCCUCAGAGCAAGGCAGGAAGAAGCAAUGAAGCAUGCAGUGUUUCUAGACUUGAUAAUUGUUUGCAGGGUUGGGAGGAUUUUGAGUUCUUUUUAGUAUCCAUGUCAGUCUGGUUUGGAUGAUCCUGCUGUACAUUCAUUUCAUGAGUAAGUCUUCAAAUUGUUAUUCCCUUAGCUCCCCUCUUCCCCACAAAGUGAUGGUUGAAAAAUCAGAUAGCACCAGAAUGCAGAACACUGAGAAGAAAUGCUUACAUGGGGUUUUCUUUGUUUUUGUUUGAGCAUAGUCCAUUGCAUCUCUUUAAAUUCCUCGUAUGGAUUGAGAAUAGGAUGUGUAGUGUUGGCAGCUGUGCCCAUAAGCAUUCUGCAAAACUUUCUGCUACUGUUUCUAUACUUGCAUUUCCUUAAAUACAAAGCCCAUGUUUGUUCUCUUGUGUGUGGAAUUAUCCACAGAAUGUGCCCAAGUAACUAGCUUUGUUAAACUUGUUUUAGAUGGACAAAUGCAGGAUAUAACUCACUUUGUGUUUUGAUUAUGUUGAAGUUACUGUAUGUUUUUAGAACUGGCUAUAUUUAAAAGAAAUAAAAGCUUUGUCUUUCUUA